UUGUAUGAACAUUUUGGGUUUCAAGUUAAAAACAUAAAUAAAUACAAUUAAAACGACGCUACAUCCGGCACGGGAUGAUGACGUCAUGCACUGCGCACACGCAGGCUUGGGAAUAGCGCGCGCGGACUGCGAAGCGUGAUCAGACUGUGUUGACAUGGCUCGCGAUUUCAAACCCGGAGAUCUUAUAUUCGCAAAGAUGAAGGGUUACCCACACUGGCCCGCGAGGAUCGACGACCUUUCGGAUGGAGCUGUCAAGCCAGCAAACGCCAAGUUUCCCAUCUUCUUCUUCGGCACUCACGAGACAGCGUUUCUGGGCCCUAAAGACAUCUACCCGUAUUUACCCAACAAGGACAAAUACGGCAAGCCCAACAAAAGAAAAGGCUUCAAUGAAGGAUUGUGGGAGAUCGAGAACAACCCGAAGGCGGAACUGGACGGAAAUAAGGUGAUGCACCCCGACGCGGGGUCAGAUAAAGACCAGAGCAGCUGCGAUGUGGAGAAGAAGAGAAAGUCAACCAAAGACCCUUCAGAGGAAGACAGCGUGGAUGACACGAGACCAAAAAAUAAGGUGACGGAUGAUCAAGACUCGGAUACUGAAAACACGAGCCCUGUCUCGAGCCCUUCGGGUGGACCGGUCCCUACACAGAAGCGCAGAGGAAGAAAACCAAAGAAUCUCCUUCUGCUGCAACAACAACAAACUUCGAAAGAGCCACAAGGGGGCGUGGUCUCAGAGGACCCCGAGACCAAGAAGACAGACAAGAGAAAGAAGAGGGAUGACAGUAAAGACGACAGAAAAGAACAAGAAGGAAAGAAAAGGAGGCGAGAAGACGGCUCAUCGGAAUCUGAUGAUGAACGCAAACUAAAUCCACAGGAGCAUCCAGAAGACGCGGACCGAGAUGAGCAUAACCGCAAACCAGAUCAACAGAAAGAUUCAAAUAAAGAUGGAAGGAAAGGGGACAAGAAGAAAGACGUGUCUGCAGAAUCCAGACUUCUGAGGUUACACGGAGAGAUCAAGACGUCUCUUAAACUGAACAACCCGGAUGUGAAGAGAUGUCUGACGGUGCUGGACGAGUUGAGCUCGCUGCAGGUCACCACUCAACAUCUUCAGAGACACUGUGAGCUCAUAGCCACGCUGAAGAAGAUCCGGAGGUUCAAAGCCAGCCAGGACGUGAUGGACAAAGCCGGCAUGCUGUAUAAUAAGUUUAAGAGCAUGUUUCUGAUGGGAGAGGGAGAGACGGCCAUCAGUCACGUGCUGAAUAAAGGUCUGACUGAACAGAGACAAUACGAGGAGGCCAAGAGAGGAGCGCAGAAAAAGACAGAAGAGACUAAAGAUCAGACGGACAACAUGGGUUCGAGCGCAGACUCCGGCGCGGAGGAGAAGGACGCUGUGACGGAGAGAGAGACGUCGGGAGAUGAUGACCUGUCUGUGGAGAAAAACAGGGAUGAGGGGAAAGAGAACAAUUUCUCAUGAUGAGCGUUUUGUUUUUUUAGUGGUCUAACAUUUUCUGUUUGAGGUUCGAACACUAUUUGUCCACUAAAAAGUCAACAGUGGGAGAUCACGUCCACGUUUAAAAGACCACUGACAAGAUCAUGCGUGUCUUUUAUUAUUUGCACAUCACCCGACAAAAGUGUAAUGUUUUCUUUUACAAAGACUAAGUGUUUUAAACUGAAGUCAUUUUAUUUUUGUGCAUUUGCAACCAAGUCAGUUUUAUACAGAGACUUCACGGUCACAAGUGUUAUUUUAGAAAAUCUUUAAAUACUUUUAGAUCCAGUUUGCAACUAACUACAUUGUACUUCACAUCAGCGAUUUAGUUUCAAAAUGUUCUUGAGUCCUUGACAUUAGUCACGUCAGAUGUAGAUGUUUUCGCUUUUGCUGCUGCUACUUUCAUAGUUAUGUGUCCAUUUUAUUUUCAUUUAAAGUUCAGAACCUUACAUCUGCAUCAUUUAUGCCAAUGCGACUGCUGUCAUGAAACUUGAUCAUUAUUAAAGAAAAAAAUAGCAAACCGGUGGUGUUUUUCUAUUGAUGUUAAUUAUGAUCUU